AUGACAACAGAGCGAUGGCUCCUAGCAAAAGGGUGAGAAAUGUGAUGUGUGUUUGAACGAGGAGCACCAAACGCAAGCUACCGUUUUUAUGAAGAGGCACCAUGUCUCUGUUCAAAGCUCGUGACUGGUGGUCAGCAGCUCUUGGUGAGGGGGAGGAAUUUGACCAGGGAUGCCUAUGUGUUGGAGAUGUGGACAACAGUGGCACAGGGCAUGACAAGAUUGUGGUGGGCAGCUACAUGGGGAUGCUGCGGCUCUUCUCCCCACAUACCAAUAAAUCGAGUGAAGGAGGCCCAGCUGAUGCACAGCUCCUAGAAGUCCAGCUCCAAAAUGCCAUCAUCCAGGUUGAAGUGGGGAAGUUUGUCUCGUGUUCAGAGCUUCUUCACUUGGCUGUUCUUCACCCCAGAAAGCUGUCGGUCUAUUCUGUUUCAAGCACUGCAGGGAAUGUGGAUCAUGGAGAUCAGUACCAGAUGAAGUUGGUUUAUGAGCAAAACUUGCAAAGAACGGCCUGCAACAUGACAUAUGGGACAUUUGGAGGAGUAACAGGUCACCAUUCCCUGUGCAUCCAGUCCAUGGACGGGAUGUUGAUGUUUUUCGAGCAGGACAGCUACUCCUUUGGCCGGUUCCUCCCUGGUUUUCUGCUGCCUGGCCCGCUGGCCUACAACCCCAGAACUGACAGCUUCCUCACUGUGUCCUCUGCUCGCCAGCUGGAGAGCUACAAGUAUGAGACGCUGGCUGUGGCUACAGAUGCAGAGAGUCGACAGGAUUCUGACUUGCCCCUUAAAACUGGGGGCAAGAGGCUGACGCCUGACUGGACAUUUGUCCUGGGAGAGCAUGCCCUGGACCUGGUGGUGCCCUCCUUCUCCCACUCCUCUUCCUCCAUCCUCAUGCUGGGUGAGAGAAACUUCUUCUGUUUCCGAGACAAUGGACAGAUCCGCUUCAUGAAGAAGCUGGAAUUCAACCCAAGCUGUUUUCUGCCCUACGCCUCAGUGACAGACGGCACCACAAACCUGAUGCUAGGUAACCACACCAACAUGUUGUUGGUUUACCAGGAUGUGACUCUGAAAUGGGCAGCCCAGCUCUCCUUUGUGCCUGUGGCUGUUCGAGUUGCCAACUUCCCGGACCUGAAGGGAGUUGUGGUCAGUCUGAGCUCUGAUGGCCAUCUCCUGUGCUCAUACAUGGGUACAGACCCCUCCUUCUUCUCAACUCCAAAAGUAGAUGCCAGGGAAGCUGACUAUGAGCAGGUGGAUACUGAGAUGAAAAAACUGCAAAGAUUCAUCAGAGAGGCCACCAGGACUCAAGACAUCCUGCCCAAAACUGACACUGUGGAGGACCUUUCUGUCACAGCUGCUGUGUCCUCGAGCCUGGACAAACCAUCUCAUGCUCUGAUCCAAGAUAUUGAUGGUCUGCUUGUCCCUUCAGUCACCAUAAAAGUGAAAGUGAAGUCCAGUUCAGUUCUGCAGUCCUCUAAGCUCUCCAUUUGUGUUCAGCCUCCCCUGGCUGUCACUCAAGACCAGUUUGUUCUGGAGCCCAUGGGUGUUGGUUCCACAAAAGUUGUGGCAUUUUCAGCCUUUUUGAAUGGCCGGUACCCCCCUGCUGAUCUGACUGGAGACAUCCUUGUGUCCUACAGCUCACCAACAGGAGUUCCCCGGAUUCUUCAGUCCAAGUUCAACCUUCCUCUGGCGUUGAUGUGUGUACCUUCAGCUCCAGUCAAAACAACCAAGUUUAAGAUCACUGUAGACACCAACCAGCCACCAGUUGACCUCAGCACCAUUUUCCAAGAGUUUUCGGCAAAAUCAGAAGAUAAAGAUGGGAAUAGUUUGGCUUUCCAGUUUCUCUCUGGAGCCAAAGUUACUGUGCUGGCCUCCAAGACCUCCCAACGUUACCGCAUUCAGAGUGACAGCUUUGAGGACAUGUGGUUGGUGGUAAAGGAGCUGGUUCACAGGUUUGAUCAACAUUUUUCCAAACUGGGAAUCAAAGACUUCAAGAAAAGCUUCAGUGGUCCACUGCCACUGCAGGAGUACUUCCUGUCUGUAGACCACCACUUUCAGCUGCGUGUCAGUGCUCAGCAGUAUCAGGAUCUGCUGUCGGAGCGAGCGGUUCAGUUCAGAGCCAUCCAGCGCCGUCUGCUGACUCGAUUCAAAGACAAAACUCCAGCACCUCUGCAAAACCUGGACACACUGUUGGAUGCCACCUACACCCAGGUAAUGGCGCUGGCGGAGGCCGCAGAGGACAACCGGACUCUUCUGGAGGAGGCAUUCGUCCGUCUGCGGAGCGCCACACACCUGCUUGUCCUGCUGAUAUCGCUGUGGCAGGGCCUGACCCCUGAUCAGACUGCCAUCUUGGAGGCCACACUACUACCACUGCUGCAGGACACACCACAGCUGGGCUGGGAGGAGAGCUGUGACGCGGCUGUCUCUCACCUCCUGCGGAGCUGCUUGUCACGGAGCCCCAAGGACCAGGCCACGUCUCUGGCCCAGACAGGAGGCCCCGUGCUCGGCCUUCCACAGGACACUGCCCGCCUCAAGAAGCACAUCACCCUGCUAUGCGACCGCAUUGGCAAGGGAGGUCGCCUCACCCUGGCAUCUGAGGCUAAUGUUCAGGUUCCUGCUCAGGUUCAGAAUCUCGCUGCUCCAGGAGGUGUCGAGCCGAUAGCAGAGGCAGCUGGUGAAGGGGAGGAGAUGGAACUUCCACAGGAGCCCACCAAGUUCAUCAAGAAGAAGCAGCCCUCUAAGAAAAGCAAGAAAGAUAAAGACUCCAAAGAGAAGAAAGAUGUUUCCAGAGAGCCGUCAGAGGCAUCUGUGAAAGAAGAAAGAGGUGGUGCAGAGGAACCUGUCAAAGAGGCAAAAAAGGAAAAGAAGGAGUCGUCCAAAGAGAAAAAGGAGUCAAAGAAAGAUUCUACCAAAGAGGCCAAAGAGCCCAAGGAGGAGGCAAAAAAGGAAUCCAAGAAGGAGUCAUCUUCUUCCAAGGAGAAAAAGGAGAAGAAGGAAAAGGACAAAGACAAGGAAGGAAAGGAGUCAGGGGACAAAAAAGUGUCCAGGAAGUCAUCUGUAAAAGUGAAAGAGAAGAAGGAGCCAGAGGCUGCAGAGGGCUAACAAAGCAGUGCAAUAAGUUUAUUCCAUAUGCACACAGAUACAAACGUAAACAAAACACAAGAUUUGUAUAUAGCACAUACAUGCACAUUCAGGGCCUCACACGUAUGACUGAAGGUAUAUAUUAUACACCAUGCAAAACUAAACAUUUACAGGGUCUUAUAAUUUGACCCCAUACAGAUACACACUGACAUAUGCAGUCAGAUAUAUAUUUCUAUGUAAAUAUACUCAGUCAAGGUCACAUAUUCAGUGGCAAAGCCAUUUCCUCCCAGAUGCAUAUUUACAUCGCCUGGUAAUAACUGAUCCUCACACGUAAAUACUCACUUUCUCCUGAACCACACCACAUUCAGCAGUUUUAGUGUGUGUGGUGGGCAACUGUGGUAAGGUCUGAGCCUACGGAGAAUGAGGAUGAAGGCGGAAUCCUCUUCUUCAGGCAUUUCACUGACUCUCUUACUGUCUUUGUCCUGCUUCAGCAGCAGUGGAGCCCACAGUCCUGCACCUCCCUGAUCCCAGUCAAGCCCCAAACCACCCCCUCGCCCACGCACACUCCUGGAUGUGACGUCAGACCCGUUCUCUUGCCCUCUCGUCCCUUCGCGUGGCUCCAGGCCUCACCAGAGGCCUCCCCCGCUUAUGGACCAAGAAUAAGUUGCCAGGCGCGUCCAGCCGUUCCGCUGCUUCCGGGUAAAUCAAGGCCACAUCCUACAGACACCACCACCCACCACUGCUGCUGCUGCUGCUACUGCCACCCCUCUAACCACCACCACUGAGGUUUUUUUUUUUUUUUCCUGUGGACACUUGAGAACAUGCAGCGGCUGAUGUACGCAUACUUUAAACUCGUCUGGAAACCAGUAGGGCAUUUUUGAAUAGGCACGGUGGCAAAUAUGAACUUGUGGGCCCAGUUCAAUGUGACAUGUUUUUCUGUUUAUUUCCUAGAUCAUUUUUAAGGACAAGCUGCUUUGAGCGGCUUCUUAAACAUCAGCAUUUAUCAAAAUAUGAGCGUUAUUAGAGCUGUCAGAACAGAAUUAAGAACAGAGCAGAACUAAUUAAACAGCGAAUAAUGUGUGUAAUGUACUUCAACCUAUUUGAAUAAACUGCAUUCUAAAUAAUACAAAAAUGUCAGUUUAGCACAAUUAAAUGUAAUCUUGGCGCUAUAUACUCUAGUGUGUAUUGAAUAAAUGUGGACAGUAAAUUACUGGUUUCAGAAAGUUGCAGAAUAAGUCAAACAGUGGAUAUCAGAAGACAUGGGGCCUUCAGAACUUGGCUAAGCAACAUUUCUGAUGGGGUAAACUUUCCUUUCAUCUUGAACAAACUGAGAAGCAUCAUAUUCUUCCAAAAGUGAUGCCCCAAGACAAUUAUGUAACCUAAAGCCUAUCUACUGAAUAGGCUGAGCUUAAGGACAAAUUGCUUUCUAGGAUUUCCAAUGCAAUUUUUUAAGUUGGGGCAAAAAUCUUUGAGACACAGGUCUCAACACAUAUGCUUAUUAAGAAAAAAAACUAACACCAUAAGGACACAUUCUCAUUGCAGGACUCAUCCAUAUAUCCUUGGUUGGCAGUUUGUAAGACACAUUUACUACUUUUAUUUUAACCUAAUUAAAGACUUUUAUACGUAAUUGUUUGCACACACGCAAAUUCAGUAAUAUUAAGUUGUAUUUCUGCCAGAAUUUAAGCGUAUCUGCUUCAGCCAUUGAUGUUGUGCUAGCAGCUCUGCACCACACCACAAGUCCACUUCAGGCUUCUUGUCUUAUGUCCAGUUUCAGCUCUUCUGUCCACUGGGAAACUUAUUAUUAGCUUGAGUUGAGACAGAUGCCUGUUCACAAUAUUGGUCAAGACCUCUGUUGUUAAAAAAAAAAACCUCAUGUACUGUAGUUUGAAUAAAAGCUUUUUUUUUUUUUCUUUUUUUAUGUGUAGAUAUUUUGAAUUUUGUUCAGUGACAGAUAAAGGUGAAGCAGCACCAGCUUGUUCUUGCCAAGACAGAUUGUUAGAAAUGUCUGUGAUGUUACAAAUGUUCCCAUUGGACACAAUGUAAUUCAAGUUGCUUUUUCAGUUCACAUUGAAUGUUUGUAAAAUAGAUUUUGUAAUUGUUGUAGUUGUGAUUCAGAUUCACCAGUUUCCUGUUCUGGGUCUGCUUUUAUAGCCACUAUUCACCCCAAAAGAAGAGUUUCUACACCUGUUAAUGAGCAACUUUGUUUUUAGUGUGCAGCUUGUAGAAGAUCCCGAAACUCGAUGAUGAAUUACAUUUAUUCAUGAAACAUUUAGUAAUAAAAGUUAGUACAGUAACUA